AUGGGAAAUGGAAAUUCAAGGGUAAAUACAACUCAAGAACAAGGAGAAUCAAUACCAAACAAAGUCCGUUCUACAAUUAUCGGACGAUUUGAAGAUUUUAGAAAACAAAGGAAUUGUGAAUCAACCCUCUCAAAGAAAAAACUAUUGAAAAAUGGCGAAGAAGAAGAUGAUGACAGUAGUGUUUCUCGGUCUUCUGUUAACGAAACUAAUGAAACCAAAGAUGGUAAGGUUUCGAUUUCGACAAAAGAGAAAACAACGGUGCCACUAACGACCACGGAAAAUAUUUCUAGAGUUGUUCCCGUGGAAAACAUCAAAUGCAAAACAACAGAGGAGAAGGUUAACAUUAAGAAUGAGAUUGAUGUAAGCAAAGAUAAAGAUAUACGUGCCAAUGUGAAAGAUGAGGAAGAGAUCAAAAGAAAGGAGGAAAGUAUCAAAAGGCUAGUGGAAGAGGUAGAGAAAGAACAAGAACAAGAAGCGAGUGCAAAAUGUGAAAUGAGUGAUGAUAAUGAUCAUGAGGAUGAUGAUGAUGAAAGGGAACUUGGAAGAUUUCUAUGUCCCAGAUCACCGAGUUUCAGAAUUUAUUGCAUUGAAGCCGAUGAACGAAAAACACAAGAGAAAGAGGAAAAAGAAGACGAAGAAGAAAAAUUUAAGAGUCCAACGCUCCAAAAAUCGCGCAGUGAUAACUGCCUAGAAAGUUCUUCGUCAAAGAAGACAAGAAUCUCAAAUGAGGUAAGUGAGGUGGUUGAGAAUGCACCAAGUACAAAGAGAAAGGGGCAUAUGAUGAGGAGAUUUGGGGCAGUAAGAACUCUGCUAAAGGUUAAGUCAUGCUACCACCCAAUUUGUACUUGUACAGGAGAUGACAGAAGAAGCAAACUUGUUUAUGCAAAAGCAACAAAUUGA